GGCGGCGUGACCGUGGCGGCGCCAUGAGCGCGGCCGCGCUGCGGGCGGACGGCGCGGGCGACUCUACGCCCGGCUCCGACGUAGGCGAGCGGAUCACACGCCUCUUCCCCAAGUGUCGCCCGAAGAACAUGCAGCACCAACACGACAGACUGAACUCCGGGUUGGAGGGGCGUGACAUGAACAAUGUCAACAACGUCUCCUCCGACGAGGAGAGGAAUGACAGCCAGCUGGUUAUACUCAACUCUAAAGGGGGGACCUACAAACUUAGAGACUCUAGGAUUAUAGAAAUAGCGGGAGGUCGAGAACUGUACUCGCAAAGUCGGACGAAGGCAGUUCGUAAGAUAAGACAUAACAACACGCACAAACACAACUUGAGAAACAAAGUGCGUUCACUCAAUAAAGACACCGUUGACUACGCGGAUAAUCAUAGCAAUGAAAUACCUCUCCACAGAAUAAGCAAUGAACCGAAAAAGAUGAUAUCCAGACACACAUCACCUACCUACACUAACGGGGACAGAGAUCCAAUCAUUGAAACAAACACAAUGGGUAUUCCCAAGAAUAGUUCUCCGAUACUGGACCCCCAUAAGACUAAUGACGUCAGCACAAAAAGCAGUCCCAUAGCAGUCGUGGCUGAUGGGGAAGUUGUUGUCUUUGACGACAAUGAUGACUGGAAAGUGAUAUUGAAUUCUGUGUCUCUAGGUUUGAGGACGGAACCCGAUGCUAGUGAUGACGAGAUAGAUAUGAGUGUUAAAAGGACUUUAGACAAUAUUAAAAAUGGUCAUAGUGAUGUGAUGAACAAUAAAAGUGAACUGAGCUGUGAUGGGGGGAGUGAGUCUACUCCCUCUAGGGAAGAUGCGAGGUUAAGCGACGCCAGUCCAUCUGGUGUCUGGUUAUCUGGUGAUGAAGAUAAGAACAGGGUUACUAGAGUGAUAGGGGAACUCCCAAUAGCUGAAUAUGAAGGGUCGCCGAGAAGAUACGGAAUUGGUACGCAAAAAGCCACAAAUAAAUCGCCAAGACCAGGAUUUCCUCAGAGGGUGGUGACAGAGAGCAGAGACGUCACCCCACCGUCCGGAUCGGCCGCUUUCGACUAUCUCUAUGAAUUCUCGGAGACGAGAAAGGUGCUAGAAGAGUUCUUCAAAUGUCCAGCCGUCGCUGGACAGAUGGCGUUGAAUAGCAACGACGAAAUUGUUAAUUUUCAGGACCUAGAUUACGAACUGAGACGUCAAACUCAAGACUGUUUAUCGGAGAACGGUAUGGAUGGUAGUGACUCGGAGUGGCCCCAAGUCGCGGAUACCUUACAUUCGCCGCACACUGCCCAUAACCAUACCAACUUCUUAGGAUUACAGCAACAAAGAUCCCGGUACCCGGAGCCGAACGUGUCGGAGCUGAGCGUGGGCGCGGCGUGGAGCGGGUCUGCGUCGCCGGCCACGCAGCGGCGGGACCGCGUGCCGUUCGCGCUCUCGUCCGACACGAGCGACACCGGCAGCGAACUCUCGCUCAUGAUCAUGGAGAACGAGCUCUCCGAGAUGAAAGGGGAGACGAUGCAAAUCGACUCGACCCGUGUGGUGGUGACUCACCUCCCGAUCGUCGAGGAUGGACUCUCAUCAGGACAUGGCUCUGACACCGACAACAAUAACCAAUUGCCGUCUUUACAAACUCACACAUCAGUAAUCAUAGAAGAAAUCAUUGAAAACGGAACUACUACGGAUCCUCACGUUCUAUCAGAUGCCGAUUUACAUUCUUUGGAUCCUUUAGUUGCCACCCCACUUUCAGCGUGCGGCGAGGUGCCGCCGCCGCCGCCGGCUCCGGCGCCGCACCGCCCGCCCGAAGCCGCGCUGCCGGUGCCACACGCGGCCGCGCCGCAUUUGCCGCAUUCGCCGCAUUCCGCGCAUUCGCCGCAUUCGCAGCACGCGCCGCAUUCACCGCAUUCGCCGCAUCACCACCACGCGCCGCAUGUUGCGCACCAUGACGACGUGUAUCCACCGAGAAAACGGCCAUCAUCCGCUCAGAGUACAGAAUCAGUAGAAAUUAAACAGGCUAGCGGCGACGAAGAUGAAGCGGACACUGAUUUAGAGACUGACAGACUACUGGGGCAACAGAGGACUGAUGACCAGGGUUUCUUCGAUGAGAAAGGGUGGCGCAAGCCGAAGUCCCGCACGGUGAUGCCGGCCGGCAGCGGCUCGGGCUCCGCUCGGUCGCCGCCGCACGCGCACGACGCCACCGACGGCCACGCGCGAGACCUCACGCACCCUAGGGACGACGACGCCCUCCACAACGGGAAGGAUAAGGAGGGGAAGAAGAAGAACAAAAAUAAAGAAGAUGCUGCACGGAAAGUUCUCAUAGAGGGCGUUUUGUUCCGAGCACGGUACUUGGGCUCCACACAACUAGCUUGCGAGGGACAGCCAACUAAAGCGACCAGGAUGCUGCAGGCUGAAGAAGCAGUCUCGAGAAUUAAGUGGGGCUGCGACGGUCCGUACUCCGGCGUGUACGCAGCGCCUGCGGCGGUGUUCCGCCUCGCCUUCCUGGGCUCGGUCGAGGUCGACGAGGACUCGCGAAGGAGGAAGAAACGCCCCAAAAAGAACAUGGUUGAGGAGGCCGUCACUAAGAUCAAGGCUCCUGAAGGCGAGAAUCAGCCGAGUACUGAAGUGGACCUUUUCAUCUCCACUGAGAAGAUUAUGGUACUCAAUACAGAAUUAAAGGAGAUAAUGAUGGACCACGCUCUAAGAACUAUAUCUUAUAUAGCUGAUAUAGGAGACCUCGUGGUGCUAAUGGCUCGAAGGAGAUUUGUACCGCACGAAAAUGAUUCAGAUCAGCCGAAACUGAACCGUACGCCUAAGAUGAUAUGUCAUGUUUUUGAAAGUGAGGAGGCUCAAUUCAUAGCCCAGUCCAUAGGCCAAGCGUUUCAAGUUGCGUACAUGGAAUUCCUAAAAGCGAAUGGCAUCGAGGACCACAGCUUCGUCAAGGAGAUGGAUUACCAGGAAGUAUUGAACAGUCAGGAGAUCUUCGGGGACGAGCUCCAGAUGUUCGCCAAGAAGGAGCUGCAGAAAGAAGUGGUGGUUCCGAAAACUAAGGGCGAGAUUCUAGGGGUUGUAGUGGUGGAAUCGGGCUGGGGAUCGAUGCUUCCCACCGUGGUGAUAGCGAACCUAGCGCCGGCCGGUGCUGCGGCGAGGUGUGGACAACUAAAUAUAGGUGAUCAAAUAAUCGCAAUAAACGGAGUAAGUCUGGUGGGGCUGCCGCUGUCAACGUGUCAGACGUACAUCAAGAACUCGAAGAAUCAAACUGUGGUGAAGUUGACGGUGGUGCCGUGCGCGCCCGUCGUCGAAGUCAAGAUCAAGAGACCCGAUACCAAGUACCAGCUUGGAUUCAGCGUACAAAACGGAGUCAUAUGCAGCUUGCUGCGCGGGGGCAUAGCGGAGCGCGGCGGCGUGCGCGUGGGGCACCGCAUCAUAGAGAUCAACUCGCAGAGCGUGGUGGCCGUGCCGCACGAACGGAUCGUCAACCUGCUGGCCACCUCCGUCGGAGAGAUUCUAAUGAAGACGAUGCCGACGUCCAUGUUCCGGUUAUUGACGGGACAAGAGAACCCGGUGUUUAUCUAAGCGCGCGCCGCCGCCGCGACAUCAAGUGCCUGCUUAUAUUAUGCCGACGCUCGCCGCCCCCACCCCGCAACCUCCCCCGCCGAGCGAACACUCACGUUCAACCCUCGUUCAUCCUCACUGUAGAAAGUACAUUUUACCACGACUAUACUGUGAAGAUGUAUGCAAAUAUUCCUUGGCCUUUUAUAGCUCUUAAAAAACAAUAAUUAAAGUAAAAGAAAUCAGUCUGAAGAACAAAACAUUGUCACAUUUCGAAUUUCGAACUGCCAUUUGUAUAUGUAUACUUUUGUAUCUUAAUAAGUCAAAAUGUGAUACAGAGUUACAAUUUUAAUCUGUUUCUAUUGCUUUAGUUAUUAUUCUGAGUAACUUUUACACAAGGCUAAAGAAUAUUGCAUAUACAGUUUCUUAUUUAUUUGUUAUUUUGAUAUUAAAACUCAUUAAUAUGAGUUAGGGUUCAGUUAUACAAGACAGUAGGUGUAUCAUAAAGCGGAUUAUAUUUCUAAUCUGAUAUCGCCGGAUAUUUCGUGUUUCACAUCACAUAUAAAAAUAUGUCGGUAAUUAUUAUAUUAUACAUAUAAUAUUAUUUUGUAGCCUUAAGAAAUGUCUGUGGUAUUUUUAUAUCACAAUCUUUCGUUUAAUUCUCAUUAACAGUAUGUUCUAUGAGUUAUAGUAAUAAGAAGUGAGGAUGGCACCCAUAUAGCUUAUCUCAGAAAUACUCAAAAAAUUACAUAAAUAAUGAGACACCAGAUAUCGAAACGCUUACAAUGCUUACGUGGCUAAAUAAGGUAGAACAUAAGUUGUAUUAUCUCUAUAUAUACUGAUUUGUAUUUGCUACAUUGAUGUUUGUGGUAGUUGUCAUGAUUCGAUAUUAUUAAAAAAUAAAAUCUACAUUUAGUUUGUCUAUGGUAGCAAGUACAAAACAGAUACGAAAUCUUUUAAUGACAUGACGACAUGCAUAUUCCAUUAAUAAUGUACGUAUUAAUAUCGAAAUACCACUCAUAUCUGCUUAGAUAGUAUCAUAUACAUUAAAUAUCCAGUAUUCGUUCAAAUAAAAUUGUUUCGAAGUACAUUUAUUUUUAUAAGUUGCCAUUUUUAAUUUUUUCCCUCCAUUUUCGAGUGGAAGUUUUCUUUUUAAUUUCGUUUAGAAAUUUAUUUCUGGCCAUACACGAUUUUUAUUCUGUAUUUCUAUUUAUAACGAUAUUUUCAUUGCCAUAUGAAUGUUAAUGACAAUACUUAAAGCAUUUUUGGUGUGUAUCGAUUAUUAAGAUAAUUGAAGGUAGUAUUAAGAAAUAUAUUACAAACUGCCAUUAACGCAAUAUUUGGCCGGAAAUUAUUUCAUAGAUAAGAUCUGAUAGUCAUAUUUUUUUUAUAUUUAAACGUGUUUUAAGCUACUAAAUCCUAUGUAGCUAUUUCUUUUUUAGUCAUAUGUUUUCCAUAAGUCCAUUCCAUGUAUUUAUAUUUCGUAAUUGUAUAUUCAGAUCAAAUUUAUUUAUUCUUGUUUUGUAUUAUAUACCUCUUUCUUUAAAUAUAUCGCAAUAAUUUACUUAUAUUUCCAUUAACCGUGCACCAUAGUUCAAACCAAUUCAUUUAAGCUUGAGGACUCUUGAAUUAACUCUGCAACUCAGCACUAUUCGAAUUCGAAUAUCCAUCGUUGCAAAUAAAUUACCUAAUAUAUAAGUAUUAUUCUAAAAAUGUACCAUUAUAAUAUUAUGAGUAAGUUUAAUAGUGCUGAGUUGUAGAGUAAUCAGGUACUCCUAAUUUAAAAUGUAUAGCUUAGAUAGAAACAAGUGGAUCCUUUCGGUUUGACUAAGAGUAAGUCCACAGUCACUAAAUGUGAUUAAUGAAAUGGCUGACUUAUUGUGGAGAUGAGCUAAUUGACGAUAAUGUGGGCAUAGACAUUGGAAUUGUGGGUAUAGACAUAUUGGACAUGUAUAUAUUUACAUUUUGCGACUGUGAACACGCUCUUAGCUUAUCAAUCAAUAUUCAACCCGAUGGAUCUACAGUGAUCAAAUAAAAAAUGAAUUGACUAGUGGAUAUAGUACAUAUUAAAUAAAAUAUAAUUUCAAGUAGCAUUUCAAAAGAUAUAUCAUAUUUUGUAAAUUUUAUAGUGUCGCUAUAGCAUUACUAUGUAACCUAUACUGAUGUACGUUUUGUCCUGUGUUCUUAGCUAGGCUUAGCGCUCUGAGGACGAGUUAUAUAUUUAUUUAUGUAUAAAGUUGAUAAUUUGUAACACGUUAGAAUACUCACUCGAAUAUACCCGCUUAAACUACAAAUAUUACAAUUACAAUUAAAUCUAAAUUAAACCGUCUGUGUUUUAUAUAAUUUGAUUUGAUUAUGCCAUCGUGGUCGAUGUCCGUUGUUAUUUUACCGUAAAUACUUAUACCUAAUUAUUUGAGCACACGAGGAAAACUGUAAUUAAAAAAAUAUUAGUCAUUGGCAACCGCAGUAUCGCGUGAUCCCUAUUUAUGAAACAUAGUAUUAUUAAUAAAAAAAAUGUGUAUUAAUUUGUUUCCUAUAUAGCAACCUAUUUCGGAAUAAAAGGCGACAUAAACUCAAAAUUUUAUAGUACAUGCAUUUCCUUGGCCACUAGAAUUAAAUUAAAACUGUCCGAAACACCAAGAGUUGGACAUCGACCCAUACGUUCUCGUUGAACUAAAUAUAUAUAGAUAUACAGUCUGAUGUAAUUUUUAUAUUGCUAGCUGUUGUGAAUAAGAUUUUAUUUAUAUUGUGAGACACAGAUAAUAAAUAGCCUUUUAUUAUGAAUGCUGGUAUAUGGUAGGUACACUGUAACAUGUGAAAUAACUAUUGUUGUUCUCAUUUCUAAGAGUAUUAUUCUAGUCUGCAUUAAAGUUAAGAAUAAA